AUGUCUUCUACAAGAAGUACCAAAGGCUGGACGGUUGAGGGCAAUGGCAGCUUCGACGCUCUCAAAUUUCAAAAGGACCGCAUUCUCCCUGAGCUCACCGCCAACGAUGUGUUGGUUAAAUUUCAUGCGGCAUCUGUGAAUUACCGCGAUGUCAUCAUCGCACUGGGUCACUAUCCUUUCCCUGUGGCACCGAACAUUGUCCCAGGCUCUGACGGAGCUGGGGAAGUCGUAGAAGUGGGUUCCAAAGUCACCCGAUUUGAGAAAGGUGCCAAGGUUGUUACACUGUUCGGUCAAGGCCAUCAAUACGGGGAAGUGACCCUAAAAUCCCUUGGGACAGGGCUAGGUGGAGCCAUUGAUGGCACUUUCCAACAGUACGGCAUUUUCAACGAGAAUGGACUGUCAUACAUGCCAGAGAACCUCAGCUAUUUAGAAGCCGGAACACUCUCCUGCGCCCCUCUCACCGCGUGGAAUGCUCUCUACGGGCUGAAGCCAGUCGUCCCCGGCGACUGGGUCCUAACACAGGGCACAGGAGGUGUGAGCAUCGCUGCUCUGCAGUUUGCAAAGGCCGCAGGUGCCCGAGUCAUUGCGACAACUUCUUCUUCAGCCAAGGCUGAGACACUGAAGAAGCUAGGGGCUGAUCAUGUCAUCAACUACAAGACGAACCCGAACUGGGGUGACGAGGCAAAAAAGGUCUCCGGAGGUGUCCACCAUGUUAUUGAGGUUGGAGGCUCGAAGACUUUGACAGAGAGUCUGAAAGCCGCUGCCAUUGGCGGUGUGGUCAGUAUCAUUGGUUGGGUCGGCGGGCCGGGAGAAAAGGGUGUGGAUUUCCCCCAAAUUUUAGCCAGUAUGGCGAUUGUGAGGCCACUUGUUGUUGGAAGCCGGGAACAAUUUGAAGCAAUGAUUCGAGCCGUCGAGGCCUUCGACAUCAAGCCCGUCAUCGACCAGAACAUCUUCAAGCUUGAGGAUCUCAAAGAGGCCUAUCAAUACCAGUGGGACCAGAAGCACUUCGGCAAAGUUGUUAUCAGGAUUGAGUAG